UGUUCACCAUGAAACCUAGACGGCGCCUUUCAUAAUGACUUGGCUUCGAAAAAUGUCAUGAAAUUGUCGCGUAAAAGUCCAAAUUUUGAGUCAAUUUUUGAUUAAACUGCAAAAUUCUAGAAUGGAUGUUGAAGAAGCUUGUCCAUGCGACACGCCAGAAUAUUGGGAAGUACUGAAGUCACACUUCGAAGAUCAAACAAUGUUACUCAAAGGUAAAGAACAAGAGUUGCGUGAUAAAAUUGCCCAAGUUGAAGCAUUAAUAGCUUCACAGAGCUCGACUUGUAGCUGUGAGGUCGAAAACGACAUACCCAGGGUGUUCCCAAGAAACACUAACAGUCCAGUGCGUGACGUACCAACAAAAACUAGCCCGAAUUGCAGUUCUAGUUUUUUCCAAAAAGUUAUGGAAAAUGCAAAAUCCAUCCUCACCAUGAAAUGCAGUGCUAUUCAUCCAUCGAACACAAAUGAAAUACCUACCAGAGACUCUUCUUGCGUUUGUGAUUCUGAAGAACGGCAAUGGACAUCGUCCAGCAACGGUGUGACUUUCGAAUCAUUGCCAGAGUACAGCACCAGUUUUCACUGCUUAUGUGAAGAAGAUGACACUACCACAAAAAAUGAUACUACAGCUGAUAGUUAUUCACAAGAAGUGAAUAACAGUUUUUCUUGUAGUGGUUGUUGUCAAGUUAAGACAGAAACAAGUACUACUAAAGAAGACACCACAAUAUCCACUGGCGAGUGUAGUCAAUACACUACAAACUCUUUUAGGAGUAAGACUCCCUGUUCUACUAGCACAGGUCCGUACCCGAAUCCCGCCAGUAUGGUGUCCUGUGGCUGCCCAUCUAAGAAGUUACCAGAAUAUCCAGAUACAGUUACCACAAAUAAGUCCACAGUUAUGUCCAAAAUGACUUGUCAACAUUGUGUUGAGAAAAAACAAGCAAAUGAAGAAGUCCACGUGAAAUUUGGUAGUUGUUGGAGCAACCCAUUCCAAUGCAAAACUAAUGAAAGAUCAGACGUUGCCGCAGUAAACAAAAGCUCACCCAUUGGAGAUGCGGUUCCUAGGAAUGUAUUCACCAGAGGAAUUAGUCCUUGUUUCAGUAGAGAAAUUAGUUCUGAUCGCAAAAAAGAUGUGAGUUGUAGAAUAUGUCCUAGUACACGGGAUACAACAACAAGUAGGAGUAUUUCACGUAAAACCAGCCCAGACAGGAAUAAUUCUGACACGAAGAAAUCAUCUUGUAGGAUAGAUGAUUGUCCAAGAAUGCUUAAUGAAAUUGAUACCAAUACAGAUACACCUUGUACAGUAGACACUUGUACAUCUCUGAUUCAACAAAAAGUGAAUGCGACUUCUUGCAGAAUAGAACCAUUUUUGAAGCCCAACAACACCACGUCAAGGAAAUCUGUAGGUGCUCGAAAGAGAAUUCCAUGUAAAGAUGCAACCUGUCCUGGUUUACAAGCAAUUUCGAAGUCUUUCACCGUUCCAAAUAUUACUACGAAUCGAAGAACUGAAAAGAGGAAGAGUUGUACUAUUCAGACGUGCCCCUCAUCAAAGAGGAUAAGAUCUAGAUCUAAUAUAAGGGAUGUUGAUAAUCAAUGUGCUUUUAUUGGUUCUCCAAUUCUGAAUCCUUCCAAUUAUAAAGGUAUUGGGGACACAAAAAAUAUGACUGCUGAUUGUGGUUGUCCUACAUCUCAAGUGAUAUCAGAUCUGAACAUGAAAGAACGGGGAUACAAGGAUCAUAUGAGAGAGCUUUUGGAAAGAGAGAAGAACUAUGACAGCGUUCUUAGGAACGUACAGAACACCGUUAACCAACCAACUUGCUGCUGUGCUGCUCACAAGGAAAAUUCUAAAUCUAAUGAAAUAAAGAGGAUAACCGAUGAACUGAAGUUGGAGAAUCAAAUUCUCAAAGGGGAAGUGCUGGAAAUGAAGUAUGAGUUGAAACACUGCAUCGAAAAUAUUGAAGGUCCCAUCAAACAAAAACUUGAGACAGAGCGAUUACGGUGCGAGCAUCUCCAACAAGAUUUGAACCAGGCUUCGCAGAAUAUGAUUGGCAGCCAAGACUCCUACCUCCGAGAAACAAACUCUUUGAAAUUACAACUAUGCCUCGCUUGUUCCAAUAUGACAGAGCUCAACAGUAUCAAUAAAAGGUUGAAAGAAGAAAUGAAAUCUCUCGAUACCAUGUGCGCCAAGCUAGAAGAAGAUUUACUCAAACAGAAGCUGAAUGAAGCUGAUACGAUAAGAAGAUUGACGAAGAGAACUAACAUGGGGGGAGCACCUGAAUUUCCGUGUACCGGAAGAAAGUUCAGCUGCGACUCAAGUUUAAACGUUAUCGCCAGAAAACUCAGUAAAACUUUGAAAGAGAGCGCACCGUGCGAGGAAUGUUCAAAACAUCCGGAAUUGACUGGAGCCGCAAAAAUGAUAAAGGAUCUGACAGACAUGGUGGAAAAGCGAAAAGGUUUCGGAUUCUCAGAGGGGAUGAUAGAAAGUAAAAGAGAUUGUUCCUGUCAAAGUCGUCGUCAAACUGAAGAAGACAGCUGCCAGUGUUAUGAUUUUCGGGAUAUUGGUGCCGGGGAGUCGAAAAAUUUGAAAGGAAAAAAUGAUCCAACAAAGAUGACAAAAACCCUAUUCUCUGUAUCCCCAACGUUUGUAGAGAAAAAUGAGAGUAGCACUUUCAACAUUAAAGAACCUACAUUUGUAACACCAGAGGCACAAAUGAGCGAUUCCCGAUAUUAUAGUGCUCAUGCUCAACCUUGUUUUCAGGAUACUUGUGAGGACCCCGAUUCGUGUAUCAGGACCAAUGAUAUAUCUAAGAAGUGGAAAACAUCUGAUGCAGCAACAAAAUAUCCUCCUUGUCCAGAAUCCUGCGAAACUCCCGCAGGUGACAGUUUUAGGGUCACAGAAACCCACAAAGUGGAAAAACAACAGCAAAUACCUGAAAGGGUUACGAUAGAAUUGGAACCUUGCGCAGCUCCAUGCAACGCAGUUAUUGUUGAUGCAGCUCCUUGUGAGAGCAUUGGGAAACCUUGUCAAACAACUGAAAUCCAAACAAGAGAUCAGGAUCAGAGUAAUAGAAAAGAAGAUCGUAGUGAGCAGAUACGAAUUACGACAACAACUGGAUCUUCUACAGGCAAAGAACCUUAUGAAGGCAUAGAAACAGAAGAAAUACAAAUCAUUACACAAGGCCGAGGGGAUCAAAUUCCAAAUACAUCUUCUGUAUGUACAGAAGUAUGUGAAGACGAUGCUCCAUGUGAAGGCAUUGGCAAACCAUGCCAAACCACAGAAGAUGAGAAAAAAGAAGCUGUAAGCGGCGAGAACAAGGUAGACCGUGGUGAAGAUGUUACUAACAAAAUAUCCAGAGAAGUGUGUGGCGAUGUACAACCUUGCGAACCCUGCGUUCUAGCUGGAAAAACUUGUCAAACGAAGUUUGACUUUGCCGCACCUACCAUGGAAAAAAUAGUGGAGACAAUCCGAAGAGAAUCCAUUUCUUCCGCACAAGAGGCAGUGAAACAUAUCACUGAUGCCUUGUUGGGGUCAGUCGUACCAAGAAUUAAGAGGGAAUCUGAUGUAUCUGGAGACAUGCCAAUAGUCCCAGAAGUGAAGAAGGAAGUAUUAGAAGUCGGAGAAAUGGAACAAAAAAUGGAGAAGGAAACUUCUUCGAGCCAAGCUGCGAAAAUCAUAACCGAAACAUUGUUGGAUAAAGUGUCAGGGCAUCGAGAGAUUCAAGAGAAAGUCGAGCUUGAAACAGAAGAAACAAAAAACACAAUUGAUUCCUCAGAUGUUAUAAAAGAAUCUACACUUCAAUCUGAAGCAAGUAUAGAUAAAAUAGAAAAAGAUAUUGUUGAAGUAAUCGAUAGUGAACCAUCGAAACAAGAACAUGACCAAAGAAUAGAAGAAGGUUUUGGUGAAAUUCUUGAUACUAAACCAUCAAAUGUAGAAGAACAGAAAGGAACGAUUGAAGGAGGCAUCGAUAAAGUAAUUGAUAGUAAACCAUCAGAGGUAGAAGGGCAGGAACAAACAAUGGAAGAAGUUAUCGAUAAAAUAACUGAUAGUGAAACAUCUAAACAAGAACAGGAACAAAUAAUGGAAGGUGUCGAUAAAGAACUUGAUAGUAAAGAAUCAACUAUAAAAAAACAGGAACAGAUAGAAGAAGGAAAUAUCGAGAAGGUAAUUGAAAGCCAACCAUCAAAUUUAAAAGAACAAGGUCAAAUAAUUCGAGAUGGUGCUGACAUAGUAUUUGACAGCAAGUCAUCUAAUGUAAAAGAUUCAUCCAAAAUAACAGGAGAACAAAGACAGUCAGAUGUUUCAAAAACAUCCCCUCCAACUCCAAUAACUCCAUCGGCUAAUCUUAUAAAUGAUCAGGAAUUGCUGAGUCCAAAAGCUACGAAUACAGCAAAGACGUCCGUUACCCAAAAACAACAACUUCCAAAAGAAGAACUGAUUGAUUCACAUCCCCCUGGAGAAGUGCUGAAGGAAGAAAUUCUAGGAGAUUUUCCAUUCGAAGUAGAAACUACUGUUGUUGCCCUCGACGAGCCUCCACCGGGUCUUCUUGUAACGACUACCAUCACCAAUUCUGGAAAUUUGGAAGUCAUCACUGAGGGACCCAAUGGUGUAAUCGAGACAAAACUGAAUUAUACUGAAGAUGGUGUUAUUGAGGUGAUCACACAAAUCACAGAAGUUGAUGAUGUGGGCGGUCCACAAACUAGAGAGGAACUCACAAGUUCGGCCAUCACCGAAGCACUGAAGGAAAGUAGUUCUGGAUUGAAGAAACCAAAAUCUGAUACAACGGAUCGUUAUCCUGAAGCAAGAAUACAAUUCGAAAAAGAACAGGAAUCUAUCCAAGAAGCUGAAUAUACUGAUGGUGCUUCGAAUCAAAAAGAUUCGGAGUAUGCAAGCGACAAAGAAUCGUCUUCUCAACGCAAAGAUACAACAGCCUCCAUGAUAACGCAAUAUUCACAUUCCUUAUCAAUCGAACGAAUAAUUCCUAGUCCUGAUGAGACUCAACUCACAUCAUCAAGUUACAUGACAGAUGCUAUCCGAAAGGAUAGCGAACUUCCAGUUCCACCUGGAUUUGAUUCUAGCUCUGGACGAAAAUCUGAAGUUAGCACUGGAGAAAGAUUCACCACUGAUGAAACGACUUCGAAAUCAAAUGCCGAAGGAAUGUCUCCUGCAAAACCAUUUGAUGAAUUAUCAUCAAGAACAACAGAUAACGAAGACAAUAUUUCAUCGACAGCGAAACCAAUAGGUGACACAGAAUCAGCCAUUGCUACUCCCGUUGGUGCAUCCGGAAAGGAAUUGGAAGGAAUCACACCCAGAACUAGCGCUUAUGGUAAUGUUCCAUCUGAACAAGUUGGACAAGAAGUGGCAUCAGAUGAUUUCACCGGAAGUGGGCAAGCAGGGACCCUUAUAAGUGAAAAACAAAGUCAGAAGACAUCAGCACAAGAUGAUGAUGCACUUCUUGACCAAGAAGUUGCUCUAGGAGGACAUGAAAUUAGUGAUCAACAAGAAUCUAUUCUCCCAGUAGCUGGCCAAAAACUGGAAGACAUUUCCGAAAAAUCGGAAAUGGUCGAAAGUGAACAACAAACGACAACAAACAAACUUGUAGAUGCAAGUGCAUCUGCGAUCAAACCAUCAGGAGUAUCUUUGGGAACUGCCAGAAGUACCAAGAGUGCGGUGGUGCCUAUUGGUGAUAGGGUUACAGAGGGAGGUAUGGAGACUGAUGAGACAUCGGCUGUCGGCAAGGAAUUCGCAUCAGCUGAAGAGAAAGAAUCAGUAAUAGGGGCAGUGACUAUAGAUGGAACUGGACAACCUAUAGCUCAGGAAGAGCCAGGAGAUACAAGUGGAUCAAUAAUCAAACCACCGGGAGUGUCUUUGGAAGCUGCCAGAAGUGCCAAGAGUGCAAUCAAAAAGUCCGCAUCAGUUGAAGAGGAAGAAUUGGUGAUAGGUGCAGUAACGACAGAUGAAACUGAACAACCUUUAUCUCAGGAAGGACCAGGAGCAUCAGAAGCCCAAACCGCAAAAGCUACCAAGAUAUCGGAAACAGACGAUUCUAUUUUCGAAUCGACCAAGAAGGCAUUGCCGCGUCAAAAUAAGCAUGACUGCGCCUGUCAGUCAUCUCCGCCUCCGACAGAACAAUCAUGUCAAUGUUGUGAAUGUAAAGACAUCGCAGUUUCCACAUCACAAGACACAGAAACUAUCACCGAAGGAAACAUGGCCAUCGACAAAUUAUCAGUGAAAGAAGCAACAGACGCCAAGACGGGAUCGAAUUAUGCCACCGCCGACAGCAAAGACGAUACGGGAAAUACGAAGGCGGAAGCAAUCUCUUUGGAAGCUGAAAAGACCCAAGGAACAGGUGAUGAAAUUAGUGCCGCUUAUGAGAAAUCAGAUACUGAUGGUGAAGAGAGAACAGGACCUCCUGCCAUGAUCGAAUCCACGUCAGAAACAAAAAAUGAAGGGGGAACCAAAAAAAUCGAUCAAUCAUCAGUAGUAGAAGCCGACAAUAAUUCUACAGAACCAACACCGGAACCGAUCAGUCAAGGGCAGUCAGCAACCAGUAAAACAGAAGAGAGCAAAUUUUCACCAAUAAGCUCUACUUUCAACAACGAUAAGAAACAAGUAUCUUCAAAAGAGUUAACCACUUCGAAAAAAUCCUCAGAAGUUCCAGAUUCCGUCUCCAAGUUGUCAGAUAAAGGCAUGGCACCUGUAAUAGAUAGCUCAGAUACGAAAAGGCCGAGAAAAAAGCGAUCUUCUAAGCUAGAAAAUGUCAAAUGCGAUUGUGUAGGCACUUGCCAGUGUGUCGUCUGCUCACCGGAAAUCAUUUCUAAGCGUGUGGAAAUGACUGGCAAUACGGAACCUCCCAUCGGUGAAUCAGAUCAACUCUGCUGCUGUACAGUUCAGUCUUCACAAUCUCAUCCCCAUACAACCUGCCAAGUUAAUCAGGUAUCUUACAUGCAGACCCAACAUGUCGCCAACUGUGAAUGCACAUCAUGCAAAUUGGAAUCCUGCAAAGCCACUUCUCCUAAAUACAAAACAGAAGCUUUUCUUAGAAGUACCAAUUUAGAUUCUGCCCAAGGAGCAAUACCUAAGACCAAAAAACGCACUUGCCUAGAUGAUAUAUUCAAUCCACCUUGCCAAAUUCCUGCGGAUUGCUGGAAACCACUGAAAAAGUCAACUCACACCCAUUCAGCCGAAUGUGAAUGUAUCGAUUGUCUUUGCUUACCAAAAAUACAGAAAAUUGCACAAAUGAAGGAAUUUCCCAUAGUAAAAGAUGAAAAACAAAUAUAUCAAGUCACGACCAUGAAGUGCAGCUGCAUCAAUGCAAUGAACGCGAAGAAAUACUUGACAGAGAGAUCCAGAAUACCUAUCGCAACCAAUUCGACAACUGUUGGUCCUCCUAAAAUCAAACCACCUACUGUUCCAGAUUGUGUAUGUGACGAUUGUGACUGUUGUUCAGGUGACUGCAGUGGCAAGAAAGAAGACAACAAUGCUCCCAAAUCUGGACCAACUAAAAGCGAGACAGGUAAUACAGACCAAGAACAAGGACAAAAAAUUAGGCUGACACCCAGUCAACUAGCCAAAAUGUGCGAUUGCGAAGAAUGUAUGUGCAAGGUUUGUUUCAAUAAACCAGCUGAACAAGGUGGUGCAGAAGCGGAUAAACCUCUAGACACAAAACAAAGUCAGAUGGAUAAAGGAGCCGCUGCACAUCCUGAGAUGUGUGAUUGUUCAGAAUGUGAGUGUAAGGUUUGUUUCAAAAAACCAGCGAAACAAGAGACGCAGGAAAGUGCAGAACCAAACAAACCUUUGGACAUAAAACAAAGUCAAAUGGACAAAGCAAAAGGACAGAAUCAAAAAAAUUGUUGUUGUAAAGGAGAAUGCACCUGUGAACUAUGUCCAGUAGACGUUUUACAAACCAAGGUAUCAACCAUCGUCCCAAAAGACUUGCCUUUGAGUAUAGCCCCUUCAACAGUGUCACACGGAGAUGAUUGCGACUGUCAGGAAUGUGCAUGCCCAAACUCUGCAGCUAUGAAAACAGCUUCAGACAUUACUAAAACUGAAGUUGCUGCGACUGUUUCUUCAGCUGGUAACAAGGCUUCGAGUCUUCCAAAUCCUGAAGACUGUGACUGCGAAGUAUGUAAUUGUCCUUUAUCAGAAAACAAGAAUGAGCAAGUGGCAAAUGAUGUUAUUGAUUCUCCUUCACAUCCGGAUGAUUGUGAUUGCGAAGAGUGUGUCAACUGUGCUCUUUCUCCAGGAAAAACUGGCAAAGCUUCUGCUAAACCGAGUCAAUUUUCCACAAUACCAGAUCAGAUAGCUCUCACAAAACCUAUUCAACCAGUUUCAUCAGAUUGUAAAUGUGAUCUAUGCAAGUGUGCGAAUGCGAAAGAAACCCAAGCAAAAGGAGAUCAAUCACAAAAACCUUCAGCAAUUUUGACUACACCUGAAGAUACACCCCUUAUGGAAUGUGAUUGUGUGAAAUGUGAAUGUGAUCCGUGUGCUGAUCCAAAAAAGAAAAAACCACAAGAACCCAUUGUUUCAAAAAUGAUGCCAUGCGAUUGUCUUGAUUGCCAAUGUGAUCCCUGCGCGGAUCCAUCUAAACAAAAACCUCAGAGUGCCAAAAAAGUCGAUUUAGAAAAAGGAGAUGCCAAGAUGAUAGAUGGUAUACCUACUUGUACAUGUGAGGUCUGCGAUUGCCCUGGAAAGGAUGGAACUAAAACAUUUGCCAAAGAUCCUCAUCCUGAUGAUUGCGAUUGUACAGAUUGUCUAUGUGCUGAAGAAAUUAUGCAAACAGCGAGCGAGUUUAGUCAGAAGGGUAAAACUGGCCACCCGGAGGGAUGCAUCUGCGUUGAAUGUAAAUGUCCUGGAAUCAACGAAGGUAAAAGUGAAGCCCAGCCUGAACCUACAACGGAUGAAGCAGUGCAUCCUCCUGGGUGUAUCUGUGAGAAAUGCAUGUGUGCACAAGAAACCUCAGAAGGAAAAGGAUGUAGUUGUGUUGAAUGCACUUGCACUGAUUGUUUUUACAAAAAUGAAAGAGCUAUGGAUACUCUCAACUGCAAAUGUGGCGACUGUGUCUGCAAGGACUGUUCCAAAAUGGAUCAGACUGGUGAUGGAUCUUCUAAAGUCAGAUCUACAGAAGAAACCACAAAAGAUUAUCCAGAAGGAUGUACUUGUGCUGAAUGUAAAUGUCCUGGAAUGGCCGAAACCAAGAGUAAAGCUCAGCCUGCCGCAACAACUGUUGAAGCAACUCAUCCUCUUGGGUGUAAUUGUGGAAAAUGCUUAUGCUCCCAAGAAAACUCACAAGAAAAAGGAUGUAGUUGUGUUGAAUGCACUUGCACUGAUUGUUUUUACAAAAAUGAAAGAAUUACGGAUACCCUCGACUGCAAAUGUGGCGAUUGUGUUUGUAAGGAUUGUUCCAAAAUGGGCCAAACUGGCGAUGGAACUUUUAUAGUGAGAUCAACUCCCACUGGAGAAACCGAAUCUAGUCCGAAAACAGAUGAGUGUGCUUGCGGAGAAUGUGUUUGUACCGACUGUUUUUACAAGAAAGAAAAAUCCCAAACGAAAGAAUGCAAAUGCGGAGUUUGCACGUGUCAUGAUUGCCAGUUCAAUGUUCAGAUUCAGGAGGAAACUAAGAAGCAAGAUGUAUCAGUACCAGCUGUUACUACUCGAAGUUGCCAUUGCAUAGACUGUGCAUGUGAUGUGUGUUCUAAAGAAGAUAGAAAGAAACAAGUUGACAAGCUCACCGACACUACAAAGCUUAUAGAAACACCAGAACCCGUUAAAACUGCAACACACCCUGAAGGAUGUACGUGCUUAACGUGUUUAUGUAUCGAAUGUUUCACUAAUAUUAAAAACGAUGCUAAAUCCAAAGAAGAUACUGUCAAGCCUGUAGCUGCAUCAUCAGUGCGUAGUCCAAACUGUAAAUGCAUUGAUUGCGUAUGUGAAAAUUGCUGUGCACAAGACAUUAAACCCAUCGUUGAGUCGGCUACACAAAUAUGUCAUUGUGAUGAUUGUAAAUGCGAUGAUUGUGUCCUCAAGAAAUCUCAAGCUGCAUUGAAAACUCCAACAGAAGCUGGAAAAACAUCAACACCAUGUCAAUGUACAGAGUGUAAAGACGAUUGUCUGAAACAGGGUUCCUCAGGUUGGACCUGUCACUGUCCAGGCUGUGGAUGCGACGAUUGUAGUAGUAGGGAGAAGAAACCCCCUAGCUCUGGACAAUCCCAAAAACCAAUUGACCAACCCACUGGUACUAUUUUGGAUCCUCCGAGAUUUGAAGUGCCUAUCAGAAAAUCGUGCGACUGUAAUACUUGCUCGUGCGUAAUUUGUGAACAAAAGAAACAACUCAUCACAGGUUUCACAGAUGGUGCCCCUUCAGUUAAAACUCCACUAGCUACAAAUGAGGCCCCACCUUUCGAAGUCCCAAUCCGUCUACCAUGUUCCUGUGCAGUUUGCACUUGUGUAGUUUGUAAUAAAGAAGGUGCCGUUGGCGCUAGUGGCCCAAGGUCUGCAACUGUCACUGGUACAACACCUCCUGCUACUCUUGAGGCUCCACCAUUCGAAGCCCCCAUCCGUCUUCCAUGUAACUGUGGAACUUGUACCUGUACAUAUUGCAAUAAAGAAGGUGGCCAGCUACCAUCAUCUGUAGGAGGCGGUGCCCAGCUUGCACUCUCCUCAGGUGGUGUUGGUGCCAGCGGCACAAGGUCUGCAGCUGCAACAAACAAAACGGCUCUUGCUACUAUUGAAGCUCCACCAUUCGAAGCCCCAAUUCGUCUUCCAUGUGAUUGUGGGAAAUGUACGUGUCCUUAUUGCAAUAAUGACGGCAUUCAGCUACCACCAGCUGUUGGCGUCGGUGUCCAAAAAAGUUUUGCUGUUAAUGAUAAAAAAUCUGCAGCUGUAGGCAUUCCAUGUAAUUGCUUGCCAUGUGAAUGCUUCGAGAGUGAUAAAAGUGGCAAUCAGCCAGCAGUACCAGAUAAUAUGAUAAUCCAGCAGUCCGAUGUUGCAAAGCAAUCGGUACCUAUAAUAUCCCUUAAAAAAUCUGUACCAAUGCCAGAUAGACCCAAUUCAGCUCCUGUGGGUGAUAGACCGCAAUCUCCUAUUCAUUGCGAUUGCCCCACAUGCACUUGUCCCGAGACCGCUGUCAAUUUUCAAGCUGGUAAAAUCAAGGAUAUGCCGAAUCAACCUCUAUCUGUUCAUUCAACUAAACUCUUAUCAAAACCAUCACAGAUAAGUGGAAAAGUUUCUCAUAUUCCAGGAAAACAAUCGGAAAAGCUCAUUGCUAAUCAUCAACUGUCAGAGUCUCCAGUGCCAUGUGAUUGCCCAAAGUGUUUGUGUUCGGCAGAAACAAUAAUUAACGAUGGUAAAAGAAAUAUAACAGAGAAAGUUUCCCGAGUAACUUAUAAGGACCCACAAAUAUGUGGAGAACCUUUGGGUGAACCUUCACCUAUAUCUGCAAAGACCUCUCGCAUAUCUAAGAAACAGUCUGAAAAAGAUGAUGGUUUUCAGAAACCUCAGUCACCAAUACCAUGCGACUGUGUGGAGUGUUCUUGUCCUGGAGAAAAGAGAAAAGUUGGACAACAACCAAGUGCUUACAUUUCUGGAAAACAAUCGGAAAAAGUUAUUACUGUACAUCAAUCCGGAUCACCUGGAUCAUGUAAUUGUGCCGAAUGUAAGUGUCUGAAUGAAGCAAUUAACUAUUAUGCUGGAAAAUUCACGAAUGAGCAAUAUGUUUCCGGGGUAACUUCAACUAUAUCUGGUAAAAAAUCUCAAUUAUCUGCUAAACCCUCAGGUAUUAGUGGAAAAGCCUCGAAAGUUAUUGGAGAACAGCAAAUGUCACAUCCAGCUGGUGACGUGGAGGAAACCAAUCAACAGGAAUUACCCGAGAGAGAUAUACAUUCCAAAAACUGUAAUUGUCCAGCGUGUUGCAUUUGUCCAGCAAAGAUGGAAGAACUCGAUAUAGCUCAAAUGGAUAGCGAUACACUGAAAAAAGAAAUUCAGACAAGUACAAAAGAGAGCUGUGAGUGUCGAGAGCAGAUCAAAGAAAUCAAGAAAGCACUCAAUAAAAUCAAAUGCGCAUGUACCGAGGCUGAGAUGAAAGCGGUGAAAAACAAACCACUAGUGAAACAAGCUUCAGCUUUUGGCCAGACGAUGUCAGGUCUUAAAUUGGCACUGAAUAAUCUGCAAGAAAAAUGUAAAGCGAAGGAUAAAAUGAUCGACGCCAUGACUGGCGAAUUGAAAAUGCGGACUAGCAGUAAUACAUUCGAAAAAGUCCUGAAUACCAGAACUGCAGAUGUACCUGAUUAUGAUAAAGCUGAAGAUGUCAAAUCAUUCGACAAACCGAGGCAAGAACCUAUUUCGACAAAUAUUUUAUACCCUGUCGAAGAAGAAAAGGAUUUUGCUGAAAAGUUGUCAAAAGCUAUGGCCAAUGAAAAGACUCAUAAAAGUAGAAAAAAAUCAUCAAGGGCAUGUGGUUGUGGAAAACCGCAUAAAGAAAAAGAUAACGUGAAGCUGACCGGUUUUGAAGUCAUUGAUAUACGGAGAAUUACUCAAGACAGCAUCAUCGUCAAAUGGAAACCACCAAAGAGUAGCUCAGUAACUGGUUAUGAUAUCUUCAUAAACGGUGUCAAUAAAUCCAAAGUCAUGAGUGGUGGAAGAACUAGUGCUAUGAUUCAUUCUUUGGAUCUUUCAGCUACUAUACAAGUGACUAUUUAUGCAGUAACGAAGUGUGGACGUUGUGAACCUCCUGCGAUCGCCAUCUAUGAAAUACGCCCUUAACUUGUUAAUCAAUCUCAUGUUCUGUAACUUUGACAUGAUUGUUCCAAAAAUUAAAAAAGAACCAAAAAGUGCUGAUGACCCAAUAUUUGCCUAUGCCUAGGA